UGACCACUACGCUUUGAGACAAUUUCAGCGAAGGUCAUGGCUGCGCGACAUACUCGUAUAGAUAUAUUCGAUACUUGUAGUUUUAAAUAACCGCUACGCGAAACCUACUCUCAAUGUGAAUAUUUCUUGCGUGAAGUAUUUAUGAAAAUCAAAAUAAUAGAAACUGAAAUAAAAAAAUAGCCAGCGGUGAUAUUCGGUCAACUUAUUUCGAUAAUGGCUGGAUCAAUAGAUUUGGUAGUAUCUACAGCAUACAUUGGAGUUACAAUUUGGAUAGCGUAUUGGCUAAGGCUCUAUGCAUUAUUCUAUCUUAAUUCUUAUCCCCUCACGAGAAUUCUGGUCUUAGAAUUUAUAGCUACGGCGGAACUUUGUGGUGCAUGUUUCGAACUCAUUAUAAUUGCGGACAAUUGGGGAGUAUGGAUGUACGCGCUUUAUCUGUUCUUGUUAACGAUUUGGUGGUCACUGAACUGGGAUGAAGCUUCAGCAUGCCCUUACACACAUAUGGAGGAUGUAGUUGAGGGUAAAAAACCUUUAGGCGUUGCUUUUCUAUCAAUAUGUGCAGAAUUGGCCGGCGGUCUCAUUAUAUUCAAAUAUAUUCAAAUGUUGUGGGCAUUUCAACUUGUUUCUACGCACAAGAACAGGGCCUACGGAGAUUGCACUACUGAUUUACAGGUAUCUGCUAUAAUUGGAACACUUGUGGAAUGCAUUGCAACAUGUAUAUGUAGAGUGGUAUCUCGUGUGUUGGCUGAUUUGAAUCCGAGAUUUAGUACGGUCAUUGAUGCUUUUGUAGGGACGGCUUUAGUCGUUGCAGCUUUUAAUUAUACCGGUGGUUACUUCAAUCCCGCUUUGGCGACUUCUCUAAAAUACGGUUGUCUGGGAACCACGUCUAUGGAACAUAUGAUUGUUUAUUGGAUUGGAGCGUGUGUCGGAUCUAUCGCCUCUUUGCGCGUGCAUCGUAUGCCGUUUGUUCAAAAUUAUAUUCAAUUGCAAGAAAGUAAGGAUACUGUAUAUUCUUAGAUAAAAUUUAAAAGGAUUUUUUGAAAAUUUUUUAGAUACAUGAUAUUUAUAUAAUUAUGACUUUUAUUUAAUAAUAUAUUUUUUGUUUCCCAAUAACGUACAAAAAUUAACCAUGUACAAAAUUACGUGCCAAAAGAUAGAAUUAUACAUUCCGAUUGUGAUUAUUAUUAACAAUAAUAGAGCUACGCACAAUCUUGGAAGAUGAAAUUUAAAAAUGCCUUAAGAUAUUGUUGAA